AUGGGUCUAGAUAACGUUACGCCCUAUUAUUUUAAAGCAUCCCAUAUAAUGAAAGCACAAGAUAUCACUCUGGCCACGUUAGUUACUCGUAAUCGAUUCCAUGUGUUAAGUAGAUUAGCCACUAACUAUCAAGGUCCUAUCUCUGCUGCUAUCCAUGUUUUGGAUGAUGACGAAAAACUUAUUACCAUGAAGGAACUAGGCAAAAUUUAUAUUUCAAACCCAGAUAUGCAAAAAUUUGUUGAUGUCCAUCUCAUUAUUGACAAAUACGAUCGACAAUUUAACAUGUGGCGAAACAUUGCCAAACUAUUUACUCGUACAGACUAUUUGAUGAUGCUUGAUGUUGAUUUCCAUCUCUGUACUGAUUUCCGUAAGACUAUUUUCAAUGACCCCAAGUUGACAAACAUGUUGGCUUCCGGAAAGACAGCCAUUGUUGUGCCUGCCUUUGAAUACCUAAACCAAAAAGAUGGUAUGGACUGGCGUACAUUCCCUACUAAAAAGAGCCAAGUGAUCAAACAAGUCAAGUCAAACAAACUCGAUAGUUUCCAUAGCUCCUGGGUCUCCGGUCAUGGUGCUACCAACUACACAUAUUGGUACACCGCUACGGAGAUGUAUCCUGUCACUCAAUACGAAUAUUCAUAUGAACCUUAUAUCAUCUACAAGAAAGAAGGAACUCCCUGGUGCGAUGAACGGUUUAUUGGCUAUGGUGCCAACAAGGCUGCUUGUCUUUAUGAAAUCUUUAUUUCUGGCGUUGAUUACUGGGUGCUUCCAAAUGACUUUUUAAUCCACCAAUCUCAUAAAUAUGCCAACCAUGACCGUACGAGAGAACGUGUUCACAACAAGAGUCUGUACGAUAACUUUAGAACUGAAAUCUGUCUCCGUUAUUCAAGAAAAUACGUAAUUGAAGACACUUGGUACACACCAGCAGCAGAUAACAUGAAGAAGGUGUGUACAGAUAUCCCCAAAUGGAAAUACUUGUCUGGGAUCUCAAAAGAACAAAGACUGAAAGAUUUAGCUGAAGAAGAAGCUAGAAAGCGACAACAAGAAAUCACUGCUACUAUUUAG